AUGAGUUUCUUUAAUUAAGGAAAAAACGAUCAAAGUGAUUCCGAAUCAGAUCGCAGCUAAGAACAAGAUGAUAGAAGAGCAAAAAACGAAAUGAUGGACAUAUUAGACUCUUCAAGUGAAGAAGAUGAAAAAAGGAAAGUCUUAAGUGAAAAAGACAAAAGAUUUAACCAAAUGAAGGAAAUAAUAAGCAACAUUAAAUAAAAAUUAGAAAGACAUGAAUUUACUUAAGUUGAAGAAGAAUUCAAAAAACUCAACAAAGAAUUAGAGAAAGCCAAAAAAGUAAUUGAUGAAACAGGAAUUCCAUCAUUUUAUAUCCGAGUAUUAUAUCGUUUAGAUGAUAAACUUCGUAAUUUCAGCAAAGAAGAAAAAGAUAAAUUAUCUUAAGCAAAUAGUAAAGCUUUUAAUGCAAUAAAACAAGACGAAAGUGGAAGUGAAUAAACAGAUAGUGAUUUUAAAUCAGAUUCAUCUGAUGAUUCUAUUCACCCUCUAGAAUCAGAUGAUCCUAUGGUAAGAAGAAAAUUUUGGCUUUUAAAACCAGGUAAAAAAAAUGAAGUUGAGAAAGAAAAAAGCUUAGGUGAAUCUUCAGAUGAAGAGAAAUAAGAUGAUAAUAAGCAUAAGAAAUAAAAAGUUAAUAAAGAUAACAUUGAUUAUAAAAUUACUGAAGUUUCUAAAGAAAAAGAAAUUGUUAUUAAUACUUCUUAUGAAGGAACAAUUAUUCAAUCUAUUUCUACUUUCUAUAACACUAUUAUAUUUGAAUUAAAUAAAUCUUUUUAUUCUAUUGAACAUACAUAAGAGGAAUACUUUUAAAGAAUUGGAGAUAUUUAUGAAGUAUUAAGAUUAGGAAAAUAAAUUUAAGAAUUCUAUGAUUAAAUUGGCUUAUAAGAUAUUGCUGCUAAAAUUGCAUUCUAAAGACUUGAAAAUAUGUAUUUCAUUCAUGAAAAUACAUUAGAUGCAUAAAGAAAAUAUUACAAAUAAAAAAAUUUAUCAAUAAAAGAUCAUAUUUUUGACGAAAAUACGAGCCUAGAAAAUAUAAUAAGUGAAUUGUCUUCUCUCAUAAACAGAACUCCAGAUUAAGAUAUUGCAAGAUCAACUCUUUAUUAAGUUUAUCAUCAUAGUAUUCAUAAUAGAAUUAAUGCAGCGAGAGAUCUUUUAUUAAUGUCAAGAAUAACAGACACAAUAUAGAAUAUGGAUUCAACAAUAUAAACAUUAUAUAAUAGAGUCCUUGUAUAAUUAGGAUUAGGGUAAUUCAGAUAAGGAAAUUUAUUUGAAUCAUUUUAAUUUUUGAACGAUUUAUGUAGUUAAGGAAAAACCAAAGAAUUAAUAGGACAAAAUCCACUAAGAUACUUAUCAUAAAAUGACAGAAAAAAGAUAUUUCCUCCCCAUUAACAUUUAAAAGUUGAUAUGAUUGAAACUUUCUAUUUAAUUGUUUCUAUGCUUAUUGAAAUUCCUAAUAUGAUUUCUGAUUCUUAUAAUAAACAUAUUUUUUCAAGAAUGUUUAGAAAGCUAUGUGAAUAAUAUAACAGAAGUGUAAUUAUUUUUACUAUAUAUUUUUUUUAUACAAUAAUAAAAAUAAAGCACUUUGUUGGAGUUCCGGAAUCUAGUAAAGAAUAUAUCUAUGCUGCAAGUAAAGAAUUACAAAAAGGAAAUUGGAAAAAUUGCUAUAAAUUAAUUAUUGAAGCACCUGUAUGGAAUGGAGCUUUGUAUUGUGAAGAAACUAAAAAAAUAUUACUCCAAAGAGUUAAAGAAUAAUCCUAUAAAUGCCAUUUAUAUACUUUUAAAAAUUCUUUUGAUAGUGUAAGUUUAAGUGAAUUAUCUUAAAAAUUCGAAUUAAGUGAAACUGAAAUAAAUGCAAUUACAUUUAAAAUGAUUUCUUCUAAUGAAUUAAAUGCACAUAUACAUACUCUUAAUAAUUAACUUCAUAUAGUUUUUGAGCAUGUAGAUAGAACUUCUUUACAAAGUAUAAGUUCUAAAUUAAUAGACUAAAUCUAAAAUACUUAAAAUCAAAACUAAAAAAUUUUGGAUAAAAAAGUUGGAAACUAAUCAUAAACUCAAGGAAAUAAAUAGGAAGAUGAACUAAAUGAUUAAACUAAUAAAUAAGGAUUCAUAGCUAAAUAAAAGAAAAAAGCAACAUUUUAAGCUGCCCCUCCUGGUAAAAGAGGAACCAAAAAAAAUACAAAAAGAGCUUAUUGA